CUUUUAGCCAUGGCCAACCAUUUCUACUGUUUAUGGAGUUUACCUUGGUUCCUCGCCGUCCUGUUCCUUCUUCCUUUUGUUAAUUCAAUUCACUUUGAGAUACCCCGUUUUGACCCUGAAGCAACCAACAUUCUCUACGAAGGGGAUGCGGGACCUUCUGUUGGUGCUGUUGAAUUUAACAGCGUAUCUUAUCUUUGUCGGGUUGGUCGAGUUUCCUACGCUGAGAAUGUGCCAAUCUGGGACUCCAGUUCUAACAGAGUUACCGAUUUUACCACUCAUUUCUCAUUCAUCAUAGAUACCCUAGGGAAACCUAGUUUAAAGUAUGCAGCCGGGCUUGCUUUCUUUCUUGCUCCUGUUGGAUUUAGAAUACCACCCAAUUCUGCGGGUGGAUUUCUUGGCUUAUUCAACACCACAACAAGUGAUUCAGCUCGGAACCAGAUUGUUCUAGUUGAGUUUGACACCUUUCCCAACCCUCAAUGGGAUCCUCCAGUUCAGCAUGUUGGGAUCAACACUAAUUCAAUUUCUUCAGCUAAGUACACCCCUUGGAAUUUUAGUUUGUACGAUGGAGAAACUGCUGAUGCAUGGAUUUCUUACAAUGCUACUACUACGAAUUUGAGUGUUACAUGGAAUUACAAAAACACUGGUGUUUCUCAAGGGAAUUUCAGUCUUUACCAUCAUAUUGAUCUUAAGGAAAUCUUACCUGAGUGGGUAAAUGUUGGAAUUUCAGCUGCUACAAGUCAUCUUUCAGAGCGACAUCGACUUCUAUCUUGGGAAUUCAGCUCAAGUUUAGAAAUAAACAGAACAAAGGGAAAGAAUACAAAAAGGACCAAGUUAAUAGUAGUUCUAGUAGUUCUGCUGAGCAUUUUAAUGACUGUUGUCAGCAUAUCAUUUGGGCUUUUCUGGCGGUGGAAGAAGAUGAAAGAAGGAAGAGAGGAGAGAACAAACUUAACUUCCAUCAAUGACGACCUUGAAAGGGGGGCAGGACCAAGAAGGUUUUCUUAUGCAGAUCUUGUUGUAGCUACCAACAACUUCUCAAACCAGAGAAAGUUGGGUAAAGGAGGAUUUGGUGCUGUUUACAAGGGUUAUUUCAAUGAUAUAGAUACAGCAGUUGCAGUGAAGAAAAUUUCAAAGGGCUCAAGACAAGGGAAAAAGGAAUACAUUACUGAAAUUAAGAUCAUCAGUCGGUUGAGACACCGGAAUCUGGUGCAACUCAUAGGUUGGUGCCAUGAUGGAGGUGAGUUUCUACUUGUCUAUGAGUUCAUGUCAAAUGGUAGCCUUGAUUACCACCUCUUUGGCAAGAAGGCUUCUAUCAAUUGGCCCUGUAGGUACAAAGUAGCUCGGGGCUUGGCCUCUGCAUUGCUAUAUCUUCAUGAAGAGUGGGAGCAAUGUGUGGUUCACCGUGAUAUCAAAUCGAGCAAUGUAAUGCUAGAUUCUAGUUUUAAUGUUAAGCUGGGUGACUUUGGAUUAGCUCGGCUGAUGGACCAUGAGCUAGGUCCUUUGACAACAGAAUUGGCAGGAACAUUUGGGUACAUGGCCCCAGAAUAUAUAAGAACUGGCAGGGCAAGUAAGGCAUCGGAUGUGUACAGCUUCGGGAUAGUUGCCUUAGAAAUUGCUGCAGGGAGAAAGUCAGUUGAUCCUAUAGAAGAAAAUUCCCAAAUGGGUCUGGUAGAGUGGAUUUGGCAUCUUUACGGAAGUGGAAACCUAAUUUCAGCUGUUGAUAAGAGGCUGAAUGCAGAGUUUGAUGAAAAACAAAUGGAGUGUCUAAUGAUUGUUGGACUGUGGUGUGCUCACCCUGAUAGCAGUCUCAGACCCUCAAUCAGGCAAGCAAUUCAGGUUCUUGAUUUUGACGUGGCACUGCCAAAUCUCCCGUUGAAAAUGCCUGUUCCUGCCUAUCACCAACCUGUAGCAUCAAGCAACCCUGAUGAACCUUUAAUGACUGAUUCAAACCUAGGAGUGGAUCCUUAAGCCAUUUCAUCACACUUGAUUUUGAUACAAGUAUUUGUUAGUUUUGAUUAUAAACAAAAAUGGUAAACUUCAGUAUGGGCUGUUCUUUCAUCAAAUAGACCCAUUAUCUUUUUUGAUGAAAUUUGGCCAAUUUUGGCCUUUGCUUGUGAAUGAUUCGAUUAAUAAUGACCUUGGGAUGUUAGCAGGGCCUAGGCUGGGCUGUUUGGCCAACGUUCCC